CGCUGUGCGGCCACAGGGAUAAGUUUCUUCCUCGAAUAGCUACCACCUACCAGUCACUCCCUCACGCACCCAUCCACCCACACCACCAAAAAAGGGGCGGCAUGGCUCUGGCCGCCGCCGUCGCCGUACCGUUCCUCCUCCACGCCCGCCUAGGACCGCGCUUCGCGCCGGCGCUAUCCCCCCGCCGCCUGCUGCCCUGCUCCACGACCGCCUACGAGCCCCCUCACUCCGCGCGGCCGCCGGCGUCGAAGAAGGCGGAGCCCGAAUCCCAGGUGCCGUGGAGGGCCGCGGAGGCCGAGAUCCUCCGCGACGUCGAACCCGUCGUGCAGCUCAUCAAGGACAUCCUCCACUCGGACAGAUACGCAGACGGCGAAUGCCUCGGUCCCGCGGACGAAAUCGUCGUUGCCGAAAAGAUCCUUGCCUAUCAUCCACGCGCUGAAGAUAAGAUUGGCUGCGGGCUUGACGGUAUCAUGGUCGACAGGCACCCGCAGUUCAGGAAGUCGAGAUGCCUCUUCGUCGUUCGCACGGACGGCGUCUGGAUCGAUUUCUCGUACCAGAAGUGCCUCCGUGAGUACAUCCGGAGAAAGUAUCCAUCGCAUGGGGAGCGAUUUAUACGAGAACAUUUCAAGCGGACCUGAAGGCUAGUUUAGCUGAUCCUUUAGUAAUGCGAAAAAUGUUGUAUGUUUUGAAAUCCCUUGUCUAUAUUAUUGAGCAAAUUAGCUUAUGUUUGUUUGUUUGUUUCAAAACAAAAUAAGAAGGGUAGGCAUCAUUAGUGAUCUAGUUUGGUUUAGUCCUCUGUUUGUUGUAGUCCUCUGUUUGUCUUAGGGUUUUAUGCAGGUGUUUAUGACUGGCCGGAAGUCCCCAA